AUGGAUUCCCGGCAGUCGGUGGUGUCACCAUUCAAGAGCUCUUCUCUUUUUGUAGAGUCCGAGAAGCAGAAUACCAAUAUUUUUGCAGAAAACCCCAGCUACUUAUCAAGGGUAAUCACUCAUCAAAGCAAGGAAACUCUAAUUCGAGAAGACUUCUUUGGCGUUUUGGAGGUUUGUAUAAAUCAGGCUAGGGAUAUUCAUAACAUCUGCAUCUACCAAAAGCAAGAUGUUUAUGCUAAGCUUUGUCUUACUAGUGAUCCUGAAAAUACAGUCUCCACUAAGAUCAUUAAUGGCGGUGGGAAAAAUCCUGUCUUUAAUGAGAAUCUCCGACUCGAUGUUCAUAAAGUCAAUUCCUCUCUCAAAUGUGAGAUAUGGAUGCUUAGCAGGGUGCGAAAUUAUCUCGAAGAUCAACUCUUGGGAUUUGCUUUGGUACCUCUGUCAGAAGUCUUCCUUAACAAGGGGAAGUUAGAGAAGGAGUUUUCUCUCUCCUCAACUGACCUCUUCCACUCUCCAGCGGGUUAUGUUCAGUUAGCCCUUUCCUAUGUCGGAGCUUCACCGGAAGUGAUUCCAAUUCCUGCACCAUCCUCAUCUGUGGCCGCAGAUGCAGCUGUGCAGGACUUGAAAUCAACAGAAUCUUGUCCUAGUGACUUUGACAAAAUUGAGUUCCCAGAUCCUAAUGUAGUGAAUGAGAAUCAUCAGAUGGUUUCCGAGUAUUUUGGGAUCCCAAAUACUGAUUUGGACGACUCCCAUAGUUCAGACAGUCUGGUCAACUCUGGAAAUGAAAAUAACAUAAGCUCAGAGGUAGGUGUUCAACUUGAAGAAAGCUUCUCAACAGGCACCAUCACUUUGACACCGUUUCCAAAGCAUCCUCUGGGCUGUGUAUCAUCGGAUGGAACUCCAUCUGCUUCACUUCAUUUGAGCUCACAGUCUUCUGAGACCCCUGGAGACUCAAAAUCUCCAAAUGAAGAAUAUGUGUCACCUCCUAAAGAUAAUCGGAAGGAUAGAAGUUCUGAUGUUGGAGAAGCUGGGAGUAAUGUGUCGGGGGGGCUACCAAAUGAUACAUUUGCAAAGCCUGUUGUCACGGUAAACAUUGAACCGGAGCCAAAGGUGGUGCAGCAAGACAUUGUGAAUAUGUACACGAAGAGCAUGCAGCAAUUUACUGAGUCUCUGGCCAAGAUGAAGCUUCCAGGAGACUUUGAAAACCAGCCAACAAGCUCUGGCAAUUCAAGUUCGGACCAGAAAACGCCAACGUCUAAGAACUCUGGAUCUAGAGUGUUUUAUGGGAGUAGAGCUUUCUUCUGA